AAUAAUAAUAAUAAUAAUAAUAAUAAUAAUAAUAAUAAUACGGAUAACAGUACUGUUGAUUGUGAUGUUGAGAAGAAAGUGGUGCCUAGGCGUGUGACAGUUGCAUUGACGCCCAACGGCCGCGCGGAUGCCGUAACGUACGUGACGUACUGCAAAGAAACAAACAAUCCUAAUAAUAAUAAUAACAACAACGACGAUGAUGAUAAUAUUAAUGACGAUAAGAAUAAGAAUAACAACAACAAGGAGAGUACAGUAGUAACAGAGAAACUCUUCAUGUGUGCUGCGGAGGUGCGUGUUGAACUUCCCGAACUCUACGAUCUGCUCCGCGCCAAUCCACCACAACCUCCACUAAAGUCUAUGUUCGUCGAUAUGCGUUGCCCGGCAUCUGUGAUCGCCUAUGCCCAAAUGCAAAACAAUUGCCUGGCGGUGGAAUAUCAACAUCUACACAGUGAUAUCCAAACAGCGUUGGAUCGCUUUGGCGAACGGGUGUUUGGUGGGCCGCAUGAGGCGGCGAAUGUGUGGUUUGGGACUCCCGCCUCCGUCUCUUCUAUGCACCAGGACUGGGUGGAGAAUUUGUAUGCGGUGGUGCGGGGCGUGAAGGAGUUUGUGCUCAUCCCGCCGUGGGAGGGCGUGUUUGUCGCGAAGCCGGAGUUGCCAUCCGCCGCCUACGCUCUAAAGAAAGAAGAAGAAGAAGAAAAAGAAAAGAGGAAUAAUCAUAAUAAUAAUAAUAAUAAUAAUAAUAAUAAUAAUAAUAAUAAUAAUAAUAAUAAUAAUAAUAAUAAUAAUAAUAAUAAUAAUAAUAAUAAUAAUAAUAAUAAUAAUAGUGAGGAGGGGAAGAAGUAUAGUUUUGCGGGAGUUCCUCAUCGAGAUGGGAUGACUGUACCGUGGAUGGAUGUGGAGAUCACCCCGGCGGCUGUGGAGGAUCCCACUCUUCUCUCCAGUGAACUGCGAGAUCGCGUCCAUCCACUCGUCGUGUUUGUGCAGCCCGGCGAGGUGUUGUAUUUGCCCGCCAUGUGGCUACACCGCGUCGCCCAGCACGCAGAUGCACAGGACCAACACGCAAGGGAAAUGUCAGCAGCAUCUUCAAUGGCAUCCAAAACAACAAAAGAAGAGAUGGAGUUAAAAGGUAAGGAGAAUAAGAAUGAACCACCGCUACCGUUAAUCGCGGCGGUUAAUUAUUGGUAUGAUAUGAGUUUCACAAACCCUGCAGUUGUGAUGUUGCGGGAGUUUGGUCUUCUACUCUAA